AUGAGUUUGGAAAUCCCUAAAAUUAGCUUGCACGACUUUGCUAAUAGACGAGAGCAAAUCAAGCAAGAGCUCUACAAUGCAGCUGUCAGUGUGGGUUUCUUCGUACUUUGCAACCAACAAUCGCCAUCAGUACAAGAGAUCGAAAAUGCAUUUGCAAUGUCCAAACAAUAUUUUGAUAAGCCUACAGAUGUCAAAGAAAAGCUCCCUUUCAAGAAGUUAUUCAACUGCGGCUACGAAUUUAAGGCUCAGGUCAGACCUUCGACUGGUACCAGAGAUUUGAAAGAGACCAUGCAACUCCAGAUGCACAGAAAGAAUUCCUAUUGGCCCUCUGCAACAGAUGUGGGAGAAGAGUGGAGAGAGAACGCAACUGAGUUUAUGGAGAAGUGUCAGAAGUUGAGUAUGGAUGUUUUGAGCUGUUUGGCAGAGGUUCUCGGAUUCGACGAACAUUUUUUCGUCAAAGCACACCAAAUCCACCAGGAUGAUGCCCAGUCCACGUUGCGGUUGUUGCAUUAUCCAGACGUCACUGGUGAGGUCUAUGCCGAUAACGAGUGGAGAGCAGGAGCACAUACUGACUUUGACUGCUUGACCCUUUUAUUCCAAAGAACUGGAGACCACGGAUUGGAGGUUUGUCCUGGAAGAGAUGCGCAUACAGAUUUUGCCAUUGGAGAUACCUGGUAUCCUGUGGAGGCUAAGACUGGGGAAAUUGUGGUGAAUAUUGGAGACAUGCUCAUGUCGUGGUCUGAUGACAAGUUCAAGUCCAACUUUCACAGAGUCAGAACCCCAAAGAUUGGCGAGAAUCAGACCUCAAGGUACACUAUUGCUUGGUUCAACCAAGCCAACGAAAAUAUCGUCAUUCAGGGCCCAGAUAAGAAGUAUCCGGCCAUCACAGGUAAAGAAUACAUUGUGGAGGCCAUGAGAAAGAACUUUGCUAGGUUACUGGAAACCAAGGCAUGA